AUGCACAAGGACGUCGUCGACGAACCGAGUUACAAUGAACAGACUCCUGCCACAGCUUCCACGGAGCAACCCCACGACGUGGCUGUGAUUGACAUUGCGUGUGGGUUGCCAGGCGACAAUAACUCAUUGGAAGAACUGUGGGACUUCCAAGCGAGCAAGUCCGACGCAUGCAGCGAGACGACGCCCGCACGAUGGGAAGCGUACCGUUGUCGCGAUGGUGCCAAUGCACGGAUAUUGGACAACGUGACUACGCUUGGAUACUUUGUUGACGGGAUGGAAAACUUCGACGCUGCGUUUUUCGGAAUAUCUCCGAAGGAAGCCGAACAACUAGAUCCACAGGAGGCGUUGGAGCAUGCGGGGAUUCCCCCGCAAAGCUUGGCGGGAUCCGACACGGCUGUAUUCAUGGGUGUCAAUACCGGUGACUAG